AUGGAAAUGAUUAAACCGUCUGCCCACUUAACACCCACUCCAUUUCUCUUCAAAUUCUCUGAAAUUUUUACCUACAUAAAUACGAUACUACAGGAUUGUAUAUUUCUAUGCAUUUCAUUUUGUUAUAAAAUUUUAUCAAUAAGAUGUUUCUAAAAAUGAAUACUUACCAUACAUUAUGGAUCAGUGCAUUUUAAACCUGUGCUAUGAAAGAAAAAUCAAAACUAAGUAUUAUUUUUUUUCAGUUUCUUUUCAACAUGUCAAAAUCUUGCUUCUUUUUUUUUUGGCUCGUUUUUUUGCUUGUUUUUUUGGCUCUUCCUGUGAAAAACUUAUUAGUUCUAUAGUUGCGUAGAUACUGUUAGUUCUCUGAUUUUGAUACAUCCUGUAUAAUGUAACGGCACUCACUUUCAGGGCUUGCAUGGAGCGCAAAUCAGCUGCAAUCUCAGUCAACGAAGAGACGCCGUCUCCUGUGGACGAACAGGUGCUCUUGUCCGUGCAGAACAUAUUCACCAACAUGGGUACUCCUUCUAACAGUGGAGGCUGGUGACAUGAUGCGGAAGAGCAUUGUUUUCGAUAAAAAUACCCCGGAUGUGUUCUACUGUCCACAACAGAAACCGACUGGUUUCGAGAAGAUGAUCGUAAACGCGAAACCGUUGUCAAGGCUCUGCCAAUUCGAGGGGAAACCGAUUCCACCCGAUUAUAAAAGUGACUGUUAUAACGAUGUGGACGAGACCGAGUAUGCGUGCAAAGAAAAAUACAGGAUUAUGAUGAGACUACAUCCACCAGGAAGUGAAGCACCAUAUAAUGGUUCACGUUUAUCAAAAUUUCUAGCUUUUGAUAAAGAUAUCUAUAAGAAAAGGAAUCAGAUUGAGGAUGAUGUUUGA